AACUCGAACGCACCCCAUCAUAAGCCACACCACAUACAUCACCACAAUAGAAACGACGGCAUACACAAUGGAGUGGAUACCGGCCCUCAAGGCAUACCGGGGGCGGGCGAUCCCCUGCGACAGAAUCACUACUUCAACGAACAGAAUCGCGUUGAAAAGGCGGGACCGGGAGUCGGGUUAAUGCCUGAGGAAUGGGCUCAUCAACUGAUGUACCCCUACGAGACCGAAGACUAUUGUCACGGCAUUAACUCAAUGAAGCAGAUGCACGACCAGCCCCUAACCUUCCGGCUCCCCUUCUCGGGAAUCCAGAUAUAUGAAACAUACCUGUCUCCUGGCUUACAGGUUCACAAGGAUGGGUACGUGACUUUCAACAAGGGUCUCAAGAGUUAUGCCUUUCCAUUGGAGUUCCCAAUGGUUCCGAGUGACACCAAUGUGGAGGAGGACCCCUCGAUUAUCGCCGCCUUUUUCGCCCACCAGGACAUCCCGUCGGACGUGGACGGGUCGGGCGUCUACUUCCGGGUCAUUGAAGUGGAAAAGGAGACCAAUAUAUCGCUUAAGCAGCGACUGCUCGACGACUUCGGCACAGCUAUGGCCGCGUCUAUAGGAUGGGCCCCGAAGUUUGCCCUAAUAGUCACCUGGAAGAACAUGACAUUCGCUAACCGUAGACGGGAACGGGAGCUCAAGACAAACACAUACCAAAUGGUUUUAGCCACUGAUGAGAUGGUGACAUUUGUGAUGUUUAACUACGAGCACAUAUCGUGGAUAACACACCUGGACAACUAUGCCGGCCUUAACGGACCGCCAGCUUUUAUUGGUUUCAAUGGCGGCAACUCAACGCAGGCAUACGAAUAUCAGCCCUUUUCGCAAAACCCUCGCAUAUCGUUGUUACCUAAGAUGGGUUGGGGUAAUGGCAUUGAGGGUCGUUUCUACUUCACAAUAGACGAGGAGCUGGAGCCAGGUGCCUGUGUCAACAAGGAGCUGGACCCUAAUUUGCCGGACAGACUCCCUUUGCAUACAUCUACCGAUUAUAUACUGAUGUUAGGGGGACAGGAGCUCAACUUCACGGGUCCCUGUCUUACGGAGGAGUCCAUCAUAACGUGUCGGUUCGAUGUGUUGAAAGUGAAGGGCCGUAUGAUGACACCCAAUAUCGGCGCCUAUAUGUUUCUAAACAUGUACUGGAUGAAUAUUCCAAAUACA